CAAAACUACUUCAGGUAAAGUUGUCAGAGAUGGGAAAUACAGGUGGGAAGAAAAGAGAAAAUCAGUUGACAGAGAAAGGUCUAACACAUAGACAAGAUGAGACAACACAGUUAGAAGAAAGACAAGAUGAGACAACACAGUUGGAAGAAAAAAAAACUGAAGGAGAUUUUAUCCCAGGACAUCAUGAAGCCGAGAUCUGCUAUGGAGGUGAAGCUGACUUACACAAGCACUAUAACAGGUGUAAGAAGAAUCCAGGUCAUGUCAACUUUAUACCUGUUAAUGAUUUUAACUUGGAUCAUCUCCCUUUACGUUACCGUGAUGUCAUCAUGUUGGAGCUAAUGAAAGCUUUGUCUGCCCUAACGGUCCUGAUAAAGGUCAAGUACACAAGUCUAGAGAGACCAAAGUCUGUUCCAUGCUUCAGUGGUCAGUAUCCAUUUUAUAACACCAGAGGAAGUGACGUGUUGAGGACAGGGACGGGGAGGGUGUGGCGUGUGGUCAAGUACACAGAGAGUGCCAACAUGGGCACUUGUCCAUGUGGCAAGUGUCAACACUCGGACACACCCAGCAAAGUGUGGGGGAAGGUUUAUGUGUUGACAGCCAGACACGUGGUGUUUGAUGACAGUGAGGCGAGACAGACCAGGUGUGUUGUAGGUUUUGAUGACAAUAAAAGUCCUGGGGUCAGUCUUGAUGGCUGGGGGGCGGGGAAGGCAGACAUUGAGGGAGACAGGUGUGUGUUUACAUGUGUGUCAUGUGACUUAGAGUUGCUUGAUGAACUGUACAAGAUGUGGCAGCAGUUUGAUGGUCUAUGUUGGAAAGUAAGGGACAAAUACUGGAGACUUUUUGAUGUGGACAAGUUGACCGUUAUAGUGUCACAUCCUCAUGGCUGUCCUAAACAGGUCUCUGUAGGACAAUGGACACACGAACAUGUGAGGGGAGAUUGGUACAAGUACACGUACACAACAUGUACAUGUCCAGGCUCCAGUGGAGCGUAUGUCUACAUGCCGAGAUAUAGCGGGUGGUGGUUGUCACGUCCCCACAGUGGAUCAAACUCUGAAGGAAAUUAUAGUGGGGAGGAUGAGAUGUAUUGAUCCAUCUGUAACUGUUGGUUCUCUCCCCUUGUCUAAUGUAACUGUUGGUUCUCUCCCCUUGUCUAAUGUAACUGUUGGUUCUCUCCCCUUGUCUAAUGUAAACAAACAAAAUGGCGGCUCCCUUCAUUAAACUUGUGUGUGUCAAAACUUAAAUGUCUUCAUCAGCAACUUUGUGUUCUGGUGAAGACAAGAAAUAAAUUGUUUGGUUUCUUUCAGUCAUUUGUUAAGAGUUGUUAGACACAUAAACAAAAUUAUAAACAAAUGUUUAUUUCAAUAAAGUGUGUUGCAUGCUAUUGUAUAUUUAAAUAUAUUAAUUACUAUAGAAGAUUAUUGAUUUGUUAUAAGCCUACUGAUGAUUUUAAUCUGUGCAGAUGUCAAUAAAAUUUUAGAUUUCAAAGUUUC